UUUCAUUUGAAUUGGAUGCAUUUACCUUUUAGCGAUCUCUGCGUACCGCAGCUGCAGUUUCGACUGGAGGUCUUGCUGCAACAAAACAAGACAUUCGCCGUUAACAAAGUGACAGCAUGGCUCUUGAGACGAGUAAUCCAGUACAAGGUCACCAAGGUUCUUGGAAGAACCGGCUCCCAGGGACAGUGUACCCAGGUGCGAGUUGAGUUCAUGGACGACAGCAACCGCUCCAUUAUCAGGAAUGUGAAGGGCCCAGUGAGGGAAGGGGAUGUUCUCACCCUGCUGGAGUCUGAAAGGGAAGCCAGGAGGCUGCGAUAGGAGUUCUUUAUAAAGAUGAGAUGCAACCCAGACUGAUGUGCCUGGUCGACCGUUUACCGCUCUACUGUACAAUAUCUUUGGCAAUUGACAAUAAAUGAGUGAUUGAA